CAAAGAAGAAGAACUUGCACUAUCUACAAGCUAAUUGACUACGCUACGUUACGCUAUGUUUUUAGCAAUGUGACCUUUACUGUCUAUGUUUGUGACCAAGGGGGUUAUUAUUACACAUCCAUGAUUAUGACAUCUCAACGUAAACCCGGACAAUGCACAACGUAGAGCUGGCAAGUUAGCAUAUUUGUUACAGUGUAUGCUAGCUAGCCGUGGAGCUUUUAAUGCUUGCUGUCACUUCCAUGGAUAUAUUAAGAGAACGUCACUACCUGAUUCAUGACCAGAGCAAGGUGGGAUCUGAGGACACAGAAAAGUUCACGUGGAGCGAUAAGGAGUGACCAGGGGGCUUGAAGGCUCAUGUCUACUUCCCAAACAUUAACGCCUCUCGACUGUGGCGGCGGAGAACGCCUCAGCAUGGUGAAGGCAGUAAAGAUGGAGCUGCUGAGAGCACUCGUCAGUGAGCGUUUGUCUGCAGCUGCCGAGGAGAUCUUCGAGCUUGUAGAAAGAACCAUUAUAGAAUAUGAAAAGGAAAUGUCCUGUUCCAAGUGGGUAGUGGACAGCCACCGCAGACUGCUGGAUGAUGCCAAGUCACAUAGUGAAGACUCUUUCCAAAUGUGUGCCUCGGGGGUGAAGUUGUCGUCUGGUCAGCAGCAGCAGCGUGCUGCCAGCGUGUGCUGGGCCGAACCAGAAACCACCGCGUCAGAGCCGACAGAAGAUUGUCCCAACAUGGACAGCACUCAUCCGGACCCGUCUCCCGCCAGUGAAAAUGAUCAAAGUGGUCAGGGGAUACUGAUUGACAUCGGAGACGACGACGUGAAGCAGGAGUGUGACGUCAACAUGCCUCUGGAUAUCGUCAAAAUGGAAAAACGUCCCGUUUGCGUGAGUGUUUUUUCUUCUGAAAAGACAACGGUACAACACAUCAAAAAUCAUCCAGAGGACAAUUUGUCACUUUACCAGUGCCAGUUCUGUGAUCUCUACUUCUGCCACAUGUCUAAAUUCAUCAUUCACUCCAGAACGCACAAUGGGGCCAAACCAUACACGUGCCACCACUGUGAGAAAAGCUUUGGCGAGAGGCAUAGUCUGCUUAUUCACAGACAAAAACACAUCGAGGAGAAACCAUAUCUGGGUUUCAUUCAAAAGGUGGAGGCAGAAACUGACCUCAGGUCAGUGACACAUGCCAGUGGGAUGGAAGAGCUGGCCUGCAGACAGGAAGAUUCUGGCAUUAACAUAUUCCCUUGUACUGUCACUCCCUAUGAUAAAAGUGAGUUUGAUCAGGAGUCUCUGCAGCCCCUGAGUCUUUACCAAAUCCAGACUGUUGCCGAUAUAGAUAAAGACUCCUCAGCUGCAGCAACAGUUGAUCCCAUUAAAGCCGAGCCAGCUGGAACUGAUGUCGGCGUGUCAGACGGUGCCAUGUAUGAUCAGUUGCUCCUUUCAGUGAGCCCGAGUGAACAGGGCGACGGUAAGACAGAGCCUAAACAUCGCAACAUAAACAAUAUCCUACAGAGUAGACCUUCGAGAAAAUCCGCAGAGCUCAAUGUUCCGUUUGAAGCAGGAACAACACAGAAACCCCACAAGUGUCCUUGUUGCACCAAGUGUUUCUCCUCGACUAAGACUCUAUUAAGACACGUACGGACCCACACUGAAGACAAAGCCUAUCAGUGCCACUUAUGCGGGAGGAACUUCUGUCAGAAGUCGGACCUGGUCAAUCAUACCAGGAUACACACAGGAGAGAGACCGUAUCAGUGCCCAGAAUGUCCCAAAUCUUUUGCGCAGAAAGGCAACCUGGUGGUUCACAUGAGGAAACAUGCUAGAGAUAAACUGUAUCAGGGCCAAGAGCCCAGCUGGAGCUGUAGUCAGAGGUCAUCUUUCGACUGUCAAAUGCAGAGCCACAGGUAGUUUAAGGGGUUUUCAGUUUUUUUCUAAGGCUGGGUAUCAAACCUCAAUACUGGGUCUGGGGUUAGCUCUAGCUAAGUUAGCAACACCAGUUGAUAGCAAUGCAUUGCACACAUUUUUGUGCAUACAAAACAAAAAGGACUGUGUGUACAACUGAUUUAUGGAGACAGAAGUGCUAAUACUUUCAUUUUACAGCUUUAACUGCGGUCAAUGCACAACCUUGUUGGAUUUUGAGUUUGGGGGGUACUGCGAGGUUUGUCCGACUUCCCAACUCGGGAUUCCAAGUUCAGGAGGUGUGUUUCCGACUUUGACCUCGGGAAUUCCGACCUUUGGAUACAAAUGAAACGCACUAUGAAAGCUGGAAUUGAAUGUUCCGUUGGACACAUCGUCUUGUUUACUUUGAAUAUACAUUCCUGAUUAUAAUCAAAAAUUGGCCACUUAGCAAAAACUCAUCACAAGGUCCAAUAGUACAGUCCUGGCCAUGUUCUCCUGUUUCCUGACGAGGCAUGUGUAGAUUUCACAGUGAACACAACCAUUAAAGCGCCCAUUUUAUUAUUGUAUUUUGAAGUUGUACCAGAAUAGGUUUACAUGGUUUAAUUAAAAAAAAAAAACACCAUAUUUUUGUUGUACUGCACAUGGCUGCAGAUCCUGUUUUCACCCUGUGUGUUUAGGAAGCUGCAGAGUGAGACAUCUCACUUUCAUCCUAUCUUUGUUGGGAGCUGCACAUGCUCCAAGGUCCAUGGUCAAUAAUUAAUGUUCAAUGUUUCAUUUUAGGAAGUACUUUAUUUAAGUUCUUCUCCUGCUACCUGUGUUUAGACAUCAUUCAGUAUUUGAAAACGUUGGCUUCUUUCAUUAAAUGAAAAGGAGAAACUUUGUAUCGUAUUGGCAUUAUAUUUCUAACCAAAACAGCACUAUUUGAGAUUAUGGGUACUUUUACUUGUGAAGACUUUUCCUCUGUCACGUUCUUUCUUUACUUUAUAUUGUCUUUAUAUUUUCUGGUAACCCCAGUGUGUUCAGCGAGGCUCACUGGGGUUACACAACCACCACCGGGAUUGCUAUAAAUAAGAAGCAGCUGACAGUGGAGGGACUGAAAUGAACUUCUGAAUCAUAGGGUGGGAAUUGUGACCUCACAUAAAAUCAUGGCCCUGAAUUUGGUUGCUAAGAGAAACCAUUGUAGCAGCACUGUGUUCAGCCUUGAGAUAACCUUUCUGUACAAGCAUGUAUUUGUGUAGGUCAGUAAUUGUAUUCCCAUGUAUUCUUUGUAUU